AUGCGACGAAGUCCUGCGAAAUCCCCCAAUAAAUUUAAAAAUUUCAAGCUUGACCAUUCAUCGAAAUGCAGACUAGCUAGAUUUCUUGUUAACGAUUUAAAAAAUUAUGGACCAGCGAACCUAAUACAUAUAGGCGCUAUCAGCAGUUUCAUAGGCAGGCCUAUUCGCAUAUGGCAUUUAAAUCACCGAGUGUGUACUCUAAAUGAGAGCUCGCCGAAAAAUCCUGUAAUAGAUAUAGAAUAUCACGAAUGCAAGCCAAACUCUGUGGGACACUGGACGCUGUUGGGCAACAGAGAUCCUGCCAAGUACAAUGUCGACGUGGAAUUGAACUCAUGUCUGUUCGCAGUGGUCGCCGCUCAGAUUGGCGAGAAACCCACUAAUCUUAGAACAAACGUUAUUACCUUUCUAAAAAAUGACCCAAAAAAUUUAGUGACGCAAAUAGACAAAUUUCUAAUAGCAAACAAUGGAGCAUUAAUGAAUGGGGGUGCUAGAUACAUAGGUACAACCCCUAGCCACGCGGGGACUAUACUCGACAAUUCACAAAACGUUUUGUGCCAUGGUUGUAGAGCCUAUGGACAUCCCAGGGGACAUGCGUCCCACAGGAAUGCCACAGGUGACUACGAUAGCGUAGAAAAUUAUUCGAGACUAACAAGAAGCAUGAAAUCUGGAUUCUUAAGCAGAUCUGAUCAAAACAGGGUUGCGCAUUUAAGUUUGCGUCACGAAAAGGCCAGACUCGCGAUGCAAGAACUAAAUAACGGCAGUACAUCGGAGGUAGUCGCACUAACGCGAAGAGAAUUAAAUAAUAAUAAUAAUAGCUUACCAAAAAUGAGAGAAUACUAUGAUGGUGAACCAAUUGACGGCGAACAAGACAUCAUGCAAGUUAAAUUGAUCAUGAGGCAUCACAACAGUAAAUAUAGGGAUGCAGACGCAGAUGUCUUCGUACACACUUUUUAUCCAAUGAGUUGAAUCUCGAAUGAAGUUUUCUCGAAAUUCUAUUCGAUGCACUGUACGAAAGCGUAAAACACUAUUAUUGAAACACAUUUUGGACAAACUUUAAAUCAGGAAUAUCACUCACCGCGCUACAAAGUAUAAGCGCCAUGUUC